GAUAAGUGAAAAUCACAGAGAGAGAAAAGGAAGUGCCAUUGUGAGUACGGAUUUACAGCCACCAGCAGUUAUUAUCUCUCUCAUGACACCAUCUUCUGUGCAUUGACUACAACAACUUAUUUUGGAUAUGUCUGUACCAACUAUGGAUUCUUUUAAGACCGUCUUACGGUUCCUCACCAAUCAGAAGAGUACUAUUGGCUAUAGCUUCAUGGCCAUUUUUACAAUAGGUAGUGAACGAAUUUUCUCCAUGGUUUCUUUCCAGUGUCCGUGCAACCAUGAACAGAAUUUUGUCUAUGGAGUAACAUUUCUGCUCGGCCCAGCCAUUGUCUUCAUGAUCAUCAGUCUCUUUGUUAGUACACGUCUUUGGCGAUUAUAUACUGGGUGUUGUCUCAACCCUUUCAAACUCUGCCCCAAGGGUAACUGUUUGAGUUGCUUGACAGCGUUUAUUAAAGUAAUUGCUGGAGCUUGCAUUGCGCCCACUAUGUGGCUUUGUGUAGCACUGCUCAAUGGAACCUUUUACGAGUGUGCUGUCAGUGGCUUGGAUAAAAACAUGGUGGUAGAACUUUUCUGCAAAAACAAGACACCUGCGUGCCAGGAAGAGCUAGCCCGAGUGCCCUGCGGCAAGUCUCGUCUGUCUCCAGAUGAUAAUAAGGAACUGCUACUAAUGCUUCGAGCUCAGUCACAAAUCCUUGGCUGGUCCAUCGUUAUAAUUUCGGCAAUAGCAGCACUGAUUGGCACAUGCUUUAAGAACUGUCGCUCUCAGGUAAGCUACCUUCAGUUAACUUUCUGGAACAUCUACAUGAAGAUGGAGAAGGAAAAGUUUGAGACAUUUGCUGAAGACUAUGCCACCAAACUGGCAGAAAGGAACCUCAAGAGCUUCUUUGACAACAAAGGUCCCGAACCAUUUUCCUUUCCCAACCACAAGGCCUGGGAGGAGAUCUCCUCUAUAUACACAUUUACAAAAAGUGAACAGUACUACAGCAACCUGCAGAGAUAUGUGGAGCGUGGCGAUCGGGAUUAUAGCCCUGAGAAGCAUCCUGUUUUACAGUUGGAAGAUGGCAUAGAGAUGGCAUAGAUUCACAAAGCUGAAUGAACUUGGUAAAUAAAUUGAAAUUAUGUAAACAAGUCAUUGUACAUUUGAGUAACUAGUGUAAAAAAAAACUCUAUAUAUAGCCCAUAAUAUGACUGACAACCGCUGUGAAGUUUUGCAGAAUUUAAUCUUUACUAACUGUGUUGAAAAUACAUCCACUGUAAGUUUUAUUUUGUCCAUUGAGGAAGUGGACAAUGCACUAUUCGAACUGCCUACCAUUUAUACUAGUCCACUUUACACUUUCAUUUAGCUAACACUGAAGCAACAGUUUUCAGGCCACAAAGAGAUGCAGACGGAAAUUUGAGCUUGCUUUAAUAGGUGUUCCUCUGAUGGAAGAUGGUUUCAUUAGCAGCGGGGCAAUAUAGAUGUUAUUACUGAAAGCAAAUUUCAGAUAACCUGAGGGUUGUUUGGUUUGAAUGCUGCAGGUUUAAAAUGUCAAAAAAAGGGGGAAAGAAACUUAUUCUCAGGGAAUUUAUCAGACAGCUCAAAAUAUUUUCCACCCUCUCCAUGUAAAUCAGGCAGUGUGUUUUGUACAUUAAUGCAUAAUAACUUCAAAAGAACAUUGCAUAUUAAGUUUUAACAUUUGCACAAUAUUAUUGAUAUGUGCCUUGUAGUAACAAAAUAAUCGUCUUAAAAUAACUCUAAAAAAUAUAACUGAGUAAAUUCAUAACAUUGAUUAAAAUCUAUAAUACAGCCACAUUGUACUUAUGCCCUUCAACAAAACAUAGAAUGUGCAAACCUCUAUGCUUGUUUCCUUUGCUGGUUUCAAGUAGAUGAUGUGACAAACAGGAAACCCACAUUCUGGCCAGGCAUCUAUUAAAACACAUUUUCUUCAACCUUUCUUUAGUAACUUUGCCCAACAGAUCAGCUUUGCAUAUGAGUUCCUGCAAUCAGAACACAUUGCUUUUAGAAUAGCCUUUCAAUACAAAAGAACAGAAACUAUUAUAUUCACAUUACUAAAAAAGGGUGUGGUGCUGGUUAACAGCCGGUUUGUGGUGUCUAUUUCCUGCAUUGUUAGUGAAGGAGAAUGUUGAGACACUUCAUUAUACUCAGGUUACAAAAACGUUGGGACAAUAUGAAAAAUGCUAAUAAAAAUAAAAAGCAGUGAUUUGUAAAUUAUAUUCACCAUUUGCCAUAUUGAAAGCACUACAACUACUCAUAUGUAGAUGUAUGAAUUUCAUAGUUUUUUUUUUAAAUGUACAGUCAUUUCAAAUUAGAUAAUUGCAACACACUCCAUAAAAAGUUACGACAGGGGCAAUUUAAUACUAAGAACAAUUUGAUAAGUUAAAAUAACAAGGUGAUGUGAAACAGGAGAUGUUAAACAGGUGAGACAAUCGUGUUAUAGUAUAUAGAGAGCCUCCAAAAACAGCCUAGUCCUUCAAGAGCAAGGAUCAAUCGAGACAUGUCAAUUUGCCAACAGAUGCUUCAGCAAAUAAUCCAGCACUUUGAGAUCAAUGUUCCCCAAAGACAAAUUGGAAGGAUUUUGGGCAUUUUACCCUCUACAGUGCACAAUAUAUUUAAAUGAUUCAAGAAAUAUGGUCAAAUCUCAGUGUGUAAAGGGCAAGACAAAAACCACUUCCGAAUGCACGUGAUCUCUGAUCACUCAGACGUCACUGUCUUAAAAAACAUUAUUCAUCUGUAAUGGAUAUCAUGAACAUGGGUUGGGAUUACAUUAGAAAACCUAGUCAACACCACUCACCAGAUGCAAGUUAAGACUUUACUAUGCAAAGCAGAAGCCCUACAUCAACACAGUCCAUAAGCGCUUCCAACUUUUCUGGGCUUGAUCUCAUCUUAGAUGGAAAUUAAAACAGUGGAACCAGGUUUUUUGGUUAGAUGAGCCCACAUUUCAAAUAGUGUUUGAAAAACAAAGCUGUCGUGUUCUCCGGGCCAAAGAGGAAAAGGACCAUCCAAGUUUUUAUCAGUGUCGGGUCCAAAAGCAAGAGUCUGUAUGAGCCAGUGUUGCAGACAGAUAUGUACACAUUUUGGAGCAACAUAAACUGCCAUCCAGCACUGUCUUUUCCAGGGACAUCCCUGCAUUUUCCAGCAGGACAUCAUCCAGCCUGGAUUACCUGUGCAUGGCUGUGUAAGCAGAGCGUGUGGACGCUAGAUUGGCCUGCCUUCAGUCCUGACCUGUCUCCAAUUGAGAAUGUGUGGCUCAUUAUGAAGCACACCAUAUGGCAACUAAGACCCCGUAAAAUUGUGCAGCCGAAGAACUGCAUAAUGGAUGAAUGGGGGAAAUUCCACUUUCUAAACUUAACAAUCUUGUGUCUUCAGUGCCCAAAUGCUUAAUAAGUGAUAUUAGAAGAAAUGUUGAUGUUUCACAAUGGUAAACACUCGACUGUACCAACUUCUUUGGAGCAUGUUUCAAUCAUGUGAUUUGAAAUUACUGUACAUUUAAAAACAAAAAAAAUUAUCAGAAAAA